AUGGCUGAACGAUAUAAACGUUUUUAUGCUGAUAUUAAUCGUGAACCACAUAUAAAAACUUGUCCACAGUGUUGUGCAAUAAAAGAAAUCGAUAAAAAUUUAUUUCAAGGUGUUCGUUGGAGAAAAAAUAUUCCACGACAUGUUACUUGUGAUGAAUGUCAAUUUGAAUGGUGCUUUUAUUGUCAUGCACCAUGGCAUAAUAAAAUGACUUGUAAAGAAUAUCGUGAAGGAGAAAAACUUCUUCGAACAUGGGCAGCACAAACUGAUAAUAAUCAACAAAAUGCUCAACAAUGUCCACGAUGCAAAGUAUUUAUAUCAAGAAAUGGUGGUUGUCCACAUAUGAUUUGUUCGAAAUGUCAUUGUGAUUUUUGUUACAAUUGUGGAAAAAGAAGAUUAGGAAUAAAAUUUUUAGGUUCACAUGAAAGUCGAUUUUCUCCUUUUGGAUGUAAAUAUAACUUAUAUCCAGAUAAACCAAUUUUACGUUAUACAGUUCGUGGAUUAGUUGCUGGUGCUGCUACAUUGGCUGCUCCUGUAGCAGCUGUUGGUGCUGUUGCAUUAUUAGCUGUAGGAACAACUAUUGGAGCACCGACUUAUGGAACAUAUCGUUUAGUUAAACAUAUACGUAAUAAAAACCGUGCUCGUCAUUUAAGAAGCCAAUCAACACUAUCAAGUAUGAAUGAAGAUAGUUCAAAUGUUACUAUUGAAGAUGAUGAUUAUAAUCUAGCAGUUGAAGCAAGUUUACAAACAUUUAAAGAAGAAAUGGAGAAACGAGAAGGAAUAUUGAAAAAUCACCUGGAGGAAAGUGAUGAUGAUAGUUUUGAUGACUAA